AUGGCAUGCUUGACUAUAGAGACAGCUGACCUGACAAUAACUAGUUUUCCAGACUAUACAGACCCUUUUGAGUUCACAGUCGACACUAUGACUGAGUCACAACUACCACCCAACCCACCCACCCUAGCCAAGGGGCUACUUGGGCAGUUGAAAGACGACCCUACCAGGCAUCCGUCACCUCAGCCGACACACUUCAGUGUCCCAAUUGUCAAUGGCAAUGGCCAUAGGGUUCUGCGAUCAGCCACCGUCGGCUAUGUUGCCCCAGAAUUCAAGGGCAAGGUAGAGCAGAUGAAGCAAGUCAAGGAGGAGAUCAAUUCUCAGGGAUACAUCCCUGAGGGCCUCGUCGAAGCCCAAAUUACCUGGUUUUACAACGAGCUGGGCAUCGAUGAUGUCUACUUCCAGCUGGAGACUCCCCGCGUUAUUGCGGACCACAUCAUGUCCCUCUACGCCGCCAAGAUCGCGGCAGCCUCCCGGAAGGACAAGCGGGAGGAGAUCAGGCUGGAUAUGGAGUCGUCGGAUCACGCCAUCUACAUCGACACAAGCGAGCCUGGCCGGAGUGCAAUUGGCGGGCCGAGGUACGAGACCAGACUGGAAGCCAAGUACCUGGACGGUGUCGAGACGGACAAGCGAUUCCGUGUCGAGACUUUCCGGUCCCCUGGUGUUGUUGGCGGCCAUCCCGAUUCGAAAGCGACAUUGCGCUGCUACUUCGUCUACCAGUGCGAGUUCGUCGAGCCGAAGGCAGACCCCCUGGAGACGCGGCUCGAGGUCAUCAGUGACCGCAUGUUCCUGGCCAAGGCGACGAAGAACACAAAACUGAUCUACCAGGAUAUCAUUGCACUUGCCGUCAGCAGGUCUGGCCCAGUCAUCGAGGUAUAUGAUAUCGAGGGAUCCCGAGAGAAGCGCUUGGUCGUCGCAUUCCGCUCGAGAACGGCGAGGGGCAUUUUCAGUGCCCUCAGCGACCUCUACCACUAUUACGGGGUGACGAGUUCUCGAAAGUACGUCGAGCAGUUCUCCAACGGCAUCACGGUCAUGAGCAUCUACCUGCGGCCGGCCGCCAUGAUCGAGUCCAAGUACCCGCCUAUCGAGGAGUCGAUCCACCAGAUCACAAAGGAGAUCUCCUUAUUGUACUGCAUCCCGCAGAACAAGCUUCACAACCUGUUCGCCUCGGGCGAACUCAGCCUGCAGGAGGCCAUCUACGGACACUGCGUCUGGGUCUUUGUCCAGCACUUCCUGAACCGCCUUGGUUCCGAGUACGCUUCGCUGGUAUCGGUCCUUGACCCGAAGAACAACGUACACGCCGAGAUCCUGUCCAAGCUCAAGCGCCGGCUCCGGACGCAAACGUUUACUCCGGACUACAUCCUGGAGAUCAUCACCUCUUAUCCCGGCCUAGUCCGCGCCCUCUACGCCUCUUUUGCGAGCGUUCACUUGAGCGUUGGACCGGGCUUUGAGGCCCACUCCUUAUUGCCAAACCCUGCUGUCGAAGUGCUCUCAGACGAGAAGCUUAAGGAAUACAUCUCCAAGGAUGUCUCCAACGAGCACGAGGAGAUGGUCAUGACCGCCUUCCGCGUCUUUAACAAUGCCAUCCUGAAGACCAACUACUUCACCCCGACCAAGGUAGCCCUCAGCUUCCGGCUAGAUCCUUCUUUCCUUCCCAAGAUUGAGUACUCCAACCCACUCUACGGCAUGUUCCUUGUUAUCACCUCGGAGUCUCGCGGGUUCCACCUCCGUUUCAAGGACAUUUCCCGCGGCGGCAUCCGCAUCGUUAAGUCUCGCAGCAAGGAAGCAUACUCGAUCAAUGCCCGCAACCUCUUUGACGAGAAUUACGGCCUUGCCAGCACUCAGCAGCGGAAGAACAAGGAUAUCCCCGAGGGCGGAUCCAAGGGAGUCAUCCUCCUCGACCCCAAGCAGCAAGACAGGGCUAGCGAGGCCUUUGAGAAGUACAUCGACAGCAUCUUGGAUCUGUUGCUGCCGGCAGAGACGCCAGGGAUCAAGAACCCGAUCGUCGACCUCUACGGCAAGGAGGAGAUUCUCUUCAUGGGGCCCGAUGAGAACACCGCCGAUCUCGUCGACUGGGCCACGGCGCAUGCGCGGUCUCGAGGUGCUCCUUGGUGGAAGUCGUUCUUCACCGGCAAGUCCCCGAAGCUUGGCGGCAUUCCUCAUGACCACUAUGGCAUGACCACGCUGUCGGUGCGCGAGUACGUCACGGGCAUCUAUCGUAAGCUAAACCUGGAUCCUUCCAAGGUCAGGAAGAUGCAAACCGGUGGGCCCGAUGGUGAUCUCGGCAGCAACGAAAUCCUGCUCAGUAACGAGAAGUACACGUCCGUUGUCGACGGAUCCGGCGUCCUUGUUGAUCCCAACGGCAUCGAUAAGCAGGAGCUUCGCCGCCUCGCCGAGAAGCGGGUCAUGAUCUCCCAGUUUGAUCUAUCCAAGCUCUCCAAGGACGGAUACCGGGUCCUCUGUGAGGAUUCGAACAUCACCCUUCCCACUGGUGAGGUCAUCAACAGCGGCACGGGCUUCCGUAACACCUAUCACCUUCGCGACGCGGGUCUCACUGAUAUGUUUGUUCCAUGCGGCGGCCGACCAGAGUCCAUCGACCUCAUGUCUGCCAGUCGACUGAUCAAGGAUGGCAAAACCACGGUGCCCUACAUCGUGGAAGGAGCCAACCUCUUCAUCACCCAAGAGGCGAAGCUGCGGCUCGAAGCGGCGGGCUGCACCCUGUUCAAGGACGCCAGCACCAACAAGGGUGGUGUGACCAGCUCCUCCCUCGAAGUUCUCGCCUCGCUCAGCUUUGACGACGAGGGUUUCGUCAAACACAUGUGCCAUGACGCUCGCGGCAACGUUCCCGAGUUCUACCAGGCAUACGUCAAGGCGGUCCAGAACAAGAUCCGCGAGAACGCUCGGCUCGAGUUCGAGGCCAUCUGGCGCGAACAUGAGCAGACCGGCGUCGCACGUUCGCUCUUGUCUGAUAAGCUCUCGGUAGCGAUCACGACUCUAGACGAGGAGCUGCAGCACUCGGAACUGUGGGAGAAUGAGCGCAUCCGGAAGUCCGUUCUUGCCGAUGCCUUGCCCAGGCUUCUACUCGAGAAGAUUGGUCUAGAGACGAUCAUCGAGCGUGUUCCCAACGCAUACCUCCGUGCCAUCUUUGGUAGCUAUCUGGCGAGUCGUUUCGUGUACGAAUACGGUAGUUCCCCGAGCCAGUUCGCAUUCUACGAUUUCAUGUCGAGAAGGAUGCGCAAGGUCGAGUGA